GGCAGAAAGUGAACUCUUCAGCUUUUCAGGGGCAACUACGUAACAAGAUAUCAAAGACGUUAGCACAGGGGGGAACUUUGGAAAUUACAGGAGCCAUAGAGAAGCCUGAAUGCUGCUCUACUAUUGAAAAAAUAUGUCAGAGAUCGGAUGUUUUAGUUGGUCUUUAAGUUCAGAUAGGAGAUGAGGAACAGGUCAAGGAAUGGGCACGAACAGGAGACUCCAUCUACAGGUCAAACCCAUCCUUUACCUAAAGAGCUAUGUCAGUAAAAAGCAUGGGGAAAAUCCCCUGAACAGUACAGGACCAUGACAACAUUUUCAAACCACAGCCUACUUUAACUAUUUUAACUUUCUCUGAUUUGUGUGAACAUCAAAACCUUCUGAACACCAUAUUUCAUACCACAACCACCAUUUUUUGUUGGACCAAGGUUAAGGUCUUUGUUUGCAGGGGUGCUUCACAUCUGUAAUUUCAGUUUGCAUCCAAUGGGAACCUUGAAGGCAACAAGUAAUCAAUAAGGUGUGAAAGGACCACAUUAGUGACUUCUACAGAGAGCUGUUUGCAUGCUUGCUCUGUGAAAUGUCAUCAAAAUCAGAAGAAUCAGUUUUCCAGAAGCCCCAUGCCUGCACAAGAUUACAUGGAAACCCAGCAAAUAGUUCUUGAGGCACUUACAAUCUUGAUUUAAGAGGUGUACUCCCGAUUCCCAGAACUACUGGAAAAGCAUUGAUUAAAAAAACCCAUCUUCAAGCAAAACAAUCAGAUUGGGGUGGGUUUGUUUUUUAAAAAAAAAAUAUAGCUUCAAAACAACCAAUAUAAACAUUCUUUAAACAACAAAGAGAAUUGCUUUCACUUGGCUGAUGAUAUAGAGGCAACAGAAGAAGAACGCUAACCCUAACCCAGGUUAACUAGGAGGCUUGAGCUCAACCUCUUUUAAGAUAAACUUUCACUUGCCAUUUAAUUGGACUUUUUUGGUUAGAUUAAGGAACAUAAACUAUGUGGUUUGCCUAAAAAUGUUCUCCUUUUAAAUUGUAAGAUAAAAUGACCAACCUGGUUCAAAUCCAUGUAAAAGUGACCACAUCAGAACACACUGUACUCGCACCAGCUAACGAGGCCACAAGAACAUAACUUUAAAUAAAACUUGUAAUAAGAGCUUGCACAAGCAACCUGUGGGUUUAGUCUCCUUAUAAAUAAGAUGAACCCCUCCUCCAGAAUUCACAAAAGAGAUAUAUUGUUAAAUUUGUGACUUUUAGAUAAGCUGACAUGACUUUUGUUUUCAUCAAACAGAAUAUGCUAGCCAUUUCAGCCUAUUUUCUGUCUUUGAGCCAAGUUCAACUAACAGACUGCUCAAAAUGGGGAACUGCUCUUCUAUUCAAAGUCUUAGCAAGAAGGUAUAAUAGUGAUUGGUUAUACCAGACAAAUAAUCUAAGUAGGUGCCUUUUUACCUGAGUCUGGAGGCGACAGCACCUUGUUGAUGGGGAUCUUGUUAAGUACUUCUGAAAGACUCCCUGUGUGAGUUGUCUUUCUUACUGCAGCAAGUCUCCAUCUUAUCACCUGCUGGGUUAAUUUCAACAUGCGGAUUUUGAAGGGACAGAUUUGAAUCAGUUCCUGCCCUUUGACCCUCUAUGAGCCUUUUUUCCCCAAGUUCUUUAAUGUGGUUAAAAUGAUAGCACACCAUGUUUCCCCAUCUUUAAUAACCUUAAUUCAUCAAAUCUUUAAAUGUACUAAAUGAGGUUUGUCACCUUUUGCUUCCCUAUUAAUGGACUUAUACCACAUCUCCUGUGACCUUUGAUCUUAUAUGUUGAUGUGUCCCUGUGGGAGGCAUGAUGAUGAUUUUGUACAUUAAACAAUUGUGAGCUGGCAGCAAAAUACUCUCUCCCUCAAUAUAUAAAGCAGCUUAAAGUCCAAUCAUACCAGUUGUUAAGGCAAGGCUCAACUGGCGAAGGUCUUAAGAAAUAAACAUUGUAGAUACCAUGAUCUCUGUCUACUCUGUCUUCUUAACUCUGCUGCUUUUCACUGAACUGAGCAGCCACUCAGUCACCGUAGCCAUGCCUGCAACUAAUGCAGAGGAUGGUACAACAGAAGAAGACGGCCUGGGUUUGAUACUGGGUGACGAGUCAAUCUCUGAGCCCGCUGUGAUCCCACCGGUGUUCAGGCAGCGCCGAAUCAGGGAUGAAGAUGGGAACCCAACAAUCAUCAUCUCGGAUGCAAGGCUGAAAGGGCACAGUGUUCGAGGGCUGAACCCGGCCUUCACUCGGAGCCUUCCUCUACACGCAGAUCGAAGCCUGAGCCACACUCCUGCCGAGUACAGUGUGAAGAUAGAUCGCAGAGAUACCGACCUUGACAUGCUGCGAUGUAUGAUUGGAAGAGUGUACCGGCCCUGCUGGGAAGCAUGAGCGACGUCAAUGAAUGUUUCCUCCUGUAUGGUAUAAGAAGAUUAAUUUACUUGUAGGAAAUAAAGCAGACAAACAUGGAAAACAAAAUAAAAGUUUAUUAACA